AUGAUGACCAUGACUACGAUGGCUGACGGCUUGGAAGGCCAGGACUCGUCCAAAUCCGCCUUCAUGGAGUUCGGGCAGCAGCAGCAGCAGCAGCAGCAGCAGCAGCAGCAGCAGCAACAGCAGCCGCCGCCGCCGCCGCCGCCGCCGCCACAGCCGCACUCGCAGCAGAGCUCCCCGGCCAUGGCAGGCGCGCAUUACCCUCUGCACUGCCUGCACUCGGCGGCGGCGGCGGCGGCGGCGGCCGGCUCGCACCACCACCACCACCAGCACCACCACCACGGCUCGCCCUACGCGUCGGGCGGCGGCAACUCCUACAACCACCGCUCGCUCGCCGCCUACCCGUACAUGAGCCACUCGCAGCACAGCCCUUACCUCCAGUCCUACCACAACAGCAGCGCGGCCGCCCAGACGCGAGGGGACGACACAGAUCAACAAAAAACCACAGUGAUUGAAAACGGGGAAAUCCGGUUCAAUGGAAAAGGGAAAAAGAUUCGGAAGCCUCGGACCAUUUAUUCCAGCCUGCAGCUCCAGGCUUUAAACCAUCGCUUUCAGCAAACUCAGUACCUGGCCCUUCCCGAGAGAGCUGAACUGGCAGCUUCCUUAGGACUGACACAAACACAGGUGAAGAUAUGGUUUCAGAACAAACGCUCUAAGUUUAAGAAAUUGCUGAAGCAGGGCAGUAACCCGCAUGAGAGCGACCCUCUCCCGGGCUCAGCGGCCCUGUCGCCGCGCUCGCCGGCGCUGCCUCCAGUGUGGGACGUUUCUGCCUCAGCUAAGGGCGUCAGUAUGCCCCCCAACAGCUACAUGCCCGGCUAUUCGCAUUGGUACUCCUCUCCACACCAGGACACGAUGCAGAGACCGCAGAUGAUGUGAGUUGUCUGGGGGAAAUUGAUACCCUAGGGAAACGUCUGAACAAGGCAAGGAGUCAUGCAGGACCUGCUUGCAUCUGCCAAACCCAGCCAAAGGAGCAGGCUCGGGAGAACUCUUCCGGGUAGCAAGACAGUCUGGGCGCUUGCUCGCUCUCUUGCUCUCUCUCUCU